CAGAGCCGCCGCCGCCCCGUCCGAACCCUGGAUUGCCGGAGCCCUUCACCAUGCCCGGCAGGCUGUAGGUGCUUCAUGGAGCAAGCCAACUUCUACGAGGUCGAUUCCCGGCCCCCGAUGAGCAGCGGCCAGCACCACCAGCUCCAGACUCCCCUGCCCGCCAGCGCCUACGUCUACAGAGAGGCUCCCUCGGCGGCGGCACCUGCUGCGGGCGGUGCGGAGCUCGGCGACAUCUGCGAGAACGAGCACUCCAUCGACAUCAGCGCCUACAUCGACCCCGCCGCCUUCAACGACGAGUUCCUGGCCGACCUCUUCCAGCACAGCAAGCAGCAGGAGAAGCACAAGGCCGCCCUGGCCGGGGAUUUCGAUUUCCACGGCAUGCACGGGGCCGGCGCGGCCGCCUCGGCGCCGGGGCACCACCCGCAGCAGCAG